GUAUUGCGGCUACUGCAUGAAAGUCUAUUUCGGGCAUAUUCGGGCCGCCCUUGUCAAGAUCGUCUCGAUGGAGGAGUACGGCAAGUUCUUGGGCGCAGAGACUAAGCGCUUGGGGCGGCACCAGGGCAUGGUUGACGAGGUCAUCGAGGCCAUGGUGAAGGCGAACGUCAGCGACCCCAGGGCCCAUUUCCGCGUGGACUGGGAUGCGAUCAAGGACAAGGUCUCCCUGACGAUUGUGAAGAGGAACCAGGCCGUCGUAGAGGGCGCAGGGGGGUACCGCCAUCUCCCGCAGUUCGAGCACGAGCAGGAGUUUGGGAAGUUCUCGACCAAUGGCAUGGCGGAGAAGGGUCACAAGGAGUGGGUCUACAACGGUCUCGAGGGGUACUAUGUGCCCAACAGGGCAACCACCUUCAAAUUCGUGACGGUCGACGAGACGGUCAGCAGCACCGAGGUCGGGUCGACGGCAGACGGGCAGGUGACGAAGGCGCAGCUCGAUCGCAUAUCGGACGCGUUCUUCACCGACCUCCAGAACUUCAUCAGAGGCAAUGGUCGUGGCCCGGAGGCGGCGCUGUUGCGGUUGCAUGGCGCCGGCCAGGGCGACGCGGCGCCGUCUGCGCCAGCUGCCGGCGACGGUCAGCCGCCGUCUGGGAGUUCACCUGCGGCGAGCCCUCCGCCGAAGAGCGGCGCGGCAGCGGCUGAGGCCGAGCCCCGCGGUGGGUCGGGGAACAAGCGCGCUGCAGUGACGAUCGAGGGCGCCGAUGGCGAUGGGAACGACCCCACGCAGCCCGAGCCCGGCAAGAAGACCAGCAAGGCAGCCGCAGGGCAAGGCGCAGCUGGUGGCUCCACGGGCACCUCGAAGGCCAAGGCGGCAGCGAAACCUCAGGGCAAGCCCCCGAAGAACUGGGAGCCCAUCGUCGGCGCCGUGACCUCUGCCUUCUCCAAGUCGAGCUCCAGCGACCCGAAUUUCUGGGGCUCCGAGUCGAAGACGCAGAUCAAGCAAAUGAGCAGCUAUAUGAAGGAUAUCUCUGCCCGGUGUCGCAAGACGAAAGACGAAGCCGAGGCGAUCAUCCUUGAGCGCUUGAUGAAGGAGCUCGGCGUCAUCUCAGCGUUCGUGACCGUCGUCAAGGACCACGGCUUCGAGUCGGAACAGUUCAAGGAGGCUUACGACCUCCAGGCCUCCGACUUUCGCGAGGCGGCGCCGAGCUGCGCCCUCUCUGCGACGGGCGAGGGCCUUUCGAUGGAUUCGUGGGCUCGAGAGCGCGCUAGCGAUGCCGAGGUGACCUCGAUGGGGCUGGCGCCCGUGGUGACUCUUGCACUUCCAAUGCACAUCAAGUGGGCGCGGCACAAGAUGGACAUCAGGGACACAACUUGUACAUCUCGGUGGUUUUCGAGAAUCAGCACCCGGGACCUUGCCGAGGUCGGGUUCGCGGGUGGCGCGUUGCAAGCUGAACAGGACAAGCUAGUCUCAGUUCGGUUGGCGGCGGCCUUGAAAAUGAAGACGAAGAAGGAGAGGAUGGAUGCGUUGGAGGAGCUCUUCGACAUGAACCGCGAGCUGGACCUCGUCCCGAACAUCAAGGACUUCUGCGAGGCGGCCACGGUGAUGGUCGUCGCGCCAACGUUCAAUUGCGCCCAGGUGUGCGUGGAGGCGCUGUCUCAGGCUUUCGAGGCCCUCGGCGCCCCGGAGAUCUCGAGCCUCGUCUCGCGCGGCGUGCUCACGGGUUUCCCGCACGGCAAGGAGUGGCUCAAGGAGAUGAAGCUCUACAACACUCAGGUGGAGAACUCUCGGAAGAACAUCGCGGACUUGACCGCCCUGGGCGAGUCGAUCAUCUCGCAGCUCGCAG